CUGUCUGACUACAUAUAGUCUUCGUUCUGCAAUUUAAUAUAACAUCAUUCCUCCUCGCAUUCCAUGCACUGUAUAAUGUGACUUCGAGGUAUCGUACGUGGAAUUUUCGAUCUAUAAAUUCUUUUCUCCAUAUAUUGUGGCAGAAAACGAUCCGUAUUGACAUAUGUUGAAAGUCUUCACGAGUGCAUAGGUUAAAGGCUUAAAAGUGAUAUCAUGAAAUUUCGCGGACUGCGAUAUUACGGGGCUUCCGGUGCUUUGCCAAUAAAAGAAGAUCAGUGCUCUUAUCUGUGGAAUAUUGCGCCGAAGGAUCGGUGCGAGUGGAUAAAAUAUACUUUCGAUUGCGAGACCGAUUCAUUGAUACAGUACACGGAAAACCUCUUCUGUAUUUUUGAUACAGAACAACCAGGACUAUUCGCAAUUGGAUUAAUUCUCAAUGUACUGUGGCUAUUGUACCUCUUCCUUAUCCUAGGAACAACGGCGGACAACUUCUUUUGUCCCUCACUCGCUGUAAUAGCGACGCUUUUAAGUCUCUCCGAGAACAUAGCAGGUGUAACGAUUCUAGCCUUUGGAAAUGGCGCACCUGAUAUAUUUACGUCUCUGGUCUCGGACCCUGAUGAGAGCAUCAUUAUAUUCACGGAAUUGAUUGGAGCGGGGAUUUUCGUGACAGCAGUUAUCAUUGGCUCCGUAGCUAUUGUCUCUCCAUUUCGUGUUACCAUCAAGCCCUUCAUGAGGGAUGCUUGCUUCUACGCGAUGGCUGUAGCCUGGAUAAGUUUCGUCGUCAGGGACGAGGCAAUUGACCUGUGGGAGGCCAUAAGUUUCAUACUGAUUUAUAUCAUAUUCAUCUGCGUCGUCGUGUUAAUGCAAAUGCGCCAGAAUCGCGAAGAAAGUCGUAAGACAAGAAUGCCAAAUGUGAAUGAUAUAGAAAUUCUGAAUACGUAUUUGGCGAAUCGCAAUGAACAUUCAGCGCCUAGUCUUGUAUUGCGACCUCGUGCUUUUAGUCUCCAGGUAAAGUUAGAAAUGGCGAAGGCUGCGGAAGCUAUAAGAGCAAAGGCACUUGGUGAGACUUAUUUAAGAACUGAUACAAAUACGGGAGAGGAAGCUGGACGAUCUGCCUCGAGGAGACCGAAAGGACUUUUUAAGGAAUUUUUCUUCGACAUGUCACCGUUUAAUCUGGAUGAGUGGCGCAAGACAAAUAUUUUUCUUAAAAUCGUCUUGAUCCUUCGUGUACCUUUCAUGAUAGUACUACAACUCUUCGUACCGGUAGUCGAUCAGCUUGUGGAAAAUAGAGGAUGGUCGAAAUUACUUAACUGUUUACAAAUCUGCAUAUUACCAACAGCGAUUUUAUUUAUUUUGAAAUUGUGGGAUCAGUGGAUCGGACCUAUUCCGAUACUUCCUGUAGUAUUUGGAACGACUGCGCUGAUAGCAAUUAUUGUCUUUCGAAAUACAUCCGUGGGUCGUGUACCAAAAUAUCAUAACGUAUUUGCCAUUUUGGGAUUUAUGGCGGCCAUGGUAGUGGUCUAUAUGGUAGCACAAGAGGUAUUGGCAGUUCUCCAGUGCAUUGGACAUGCCGGUGGCAUUUCCGACGCCAUGUUAGGAAUUACUUUUCUGUCGUGGGGCAAUAGCGUUGGUGAUCUAAUUUCCAACGUGACUAUCGCCAAACAAGGUUUCCCACGUAUGGGAUUUUCUGCCUGUUUCGGAGGUCCCAUGUUUAAUACCUUAUUAGGAUUUGGAUUGACUUACGGUAUAGGCUGUAUUCAAUCGUCAAACUUUCAGAUCCGUUUGAGAGUAAGUGAUAUGGCACCUGGCUGUAUAAUGUUUCUCCUUACUUCUAUAUUCAUUUCAAUAGUAUAUUUGAACACAACAGGCGGCAUAGCACGUCGCUCUUAUGGAUAUCUUCUAUUUUCACUUUACUUAAUUUUCCUGGUUAUCAAUUUUCUCAGCGAAAUUCACUACAUCCAUCCUCUUGGUACAGAUCAUCACGAGGAUGAUUAUGACUACGAAUAA